GCGGUCUAUGGGAGUGUCGCAACUCUGUUUUUUCAUCGGCUCUGGGUACAACCAUAGACAGUAAAAGUGUCCUGCGUGUUUCGCCGAAGUAGCCCCGAUGACGCUCAGGAGAAACUUCUUAAACCUAAAAUGACGAUUCGACAAGAUUCGAUCUCUUGGAUUUAAUGGACACGGUGACGGAUCACGCAGCAGCAAUACCACACCGCAAGUUUACAUAACAUGAAGUGUCCCAGCUGGAACGGUUCAUUGCAUAUUUCACCAGAUGAUUCUCAAAACUUGAAUUUUCAAAAUUCUCUGCGAUUAUAAAAAACAACAUAUGUAUGUUCUAGGAUAAGAUUAUCCUAGAUGUUUUCAUCAAAAGCAAAAUGAACACAGCCUGUGCCUUUGUGCUUUUCCUUUUGCUCUUGGUCUCUGUUUCAGCAGGUUCUCACACUUUGACGGGGCUUGCAACUUACAUUAGAGAAAACGCAUUUAGUGCUUCGUUGAUGUUGGAUGACAUCACUGUAGGAUAUUAUGAUUCAGAAACAAAGAUCUAUGUUGCAAGAGGAAAUACUACAAACGAAGAUGAUGUCAUAGAUCCAAGUACCAUCAAGGAUGUAGGUGAAAAUGUGCUUGAUCAUUUCACAGAAAGAUCACGUCGCCUGAGACCUGUCAACGAAAGUCAUGUAGUUUAUCAGGUGGUGAUGUUUUGUGAACAGAGUGACAAUAACCUUGGACAAAUAACCACCAAAACCGCUUAUCAAGGCUCUACAUUUGAUGAGCUGCAUUUUUUCGAUGGCAAAUUCACAUAUCAGCUAUUUUCAAAUUACACUGGACCAGAAAAAAUACGGAAUCUAGAACGGUCCAAGUCACGUCUUGAGGAGUUAUAUUACCCAGCCUGUAUAAAAAUGCUGACAAAUUACCUUAAAACGAGAGAAACUCAAUUAAACAGAAAAGUGAAACCGCUAGUCAGACUCAUUCAGAAAGCAAACUCAGAUUCUGGAAGGUCUCGUUUGAGUUGUCUGGCAUCAGGAUUUUACCCUCGUCACAUCAACCUGACCCUGUUCAGAGAUGGGCAGCCUGUAUCUGAUCAUGAGAUCACUGGAGGAGAUCUGCUGCCCAAUGCUGACGGGACGUACCAGAUGAGGAAGAGUCUGGAGAUCAGUGCUGCAGACGAACACAAAUACACCUGCUCUGUCACACACCUCACUCUGGACGUCACUUUGGAUUUCAGUAAACAAUUUGAAUCAGCGAUUCUCUCAGUGCUGAUAGUUUUGGCUCUGGUGUUGGUGUUUGGCACUGGAGUCGUCAUAUAUAUAUGGAGGAAGAGAAGAGCAGAUUCAUCCAGAAGUGGCUAUUCUGCUGCUUCUAGUCAUUCAUUAAAAAAUUUUUCAGCACCCAAAGAACACAUUGAAACAUGACUUCAUGACUCAUGACUUGAUGCUACAUGGAUCAACAUCUUCAAAAAAUGAAAAAAUAAGUUUUGACAGUUGCUUGGCUUUAUUAUGAAGUAACAACAUGAACAAUAUUGUUAGUUUUUAUGUGCCGUUUUAACAAUUGUCCUUAAAACACAUUGUGAUCUGCACACAUACAAGUGUCAUGUGCAAGAUGGUGCCUGUGUGUUUGUCGGUAUGCCGUUUAUCUCGUCAGUUUUUAGAUAUCCAUUCAGGACGGUGACGAAUCUGCUUUCUCUGCUGUUGUUAAUGCUUUGUGCUGAUGCUAUCAUCACCUAUAAUCACCAAGUAUUACUACACAUCAAAAGUUUGUUAGAGAGUCAACCCAGAGACUGUCCCAUUGUUACUCCUCGUUCUCUCGAACUUUGUCCUUUAAAAUGUUGUUUUUUUUUUUUUAGCUCUAGGAGAUGUGUUGGAAAAGGAGGUGGAGUGGCUAUGGUUUUCAGGAACUGGUUUAAAUCUCAGUCCGUCUCUGUCAGGAACUUUUCUACUUUUGAAUCUCAAUGUGUUAAUAUAUAUUCUGCUACUCCGUUAUUGGUUAUCCGUUUUGGUCUACAGGCCCCCAAAGCCAGAUAAAGGUUUUAUAAAAG